UGACUUGCUGCUAAGAGCAACUCCACUGUAAUCUGGACGCAGUCUCUCAUUCUUCCUCAAGGCUCAAGCUCUCCCCUGAUCCCUGAGAGCACAGAUUCAAUCUAGGAAUGGUUGGACCUGAGCUGACGGUCGGUGGGUGGUUCGCCACCUCUGUGAUUUCCAACUUCGUGGCGAAGGUGCGCUCCAUCUUGGAGGACAACCACACUCUGCAUGCUGAAUCCAUCGAGAUGCUGUACAGGGUAAAGGAAGCGUUGCCCCAGAUCCAGAUCCUGGUCGAGGUGACUGAGCGCAGGGCCAUCUCCAACAGCAGCUAUGCCACAUGGCUGCAGCAAUUCAAGGACGUCGUGUCCGAGGCCGAGGACCUGCUCGACGACUUCGAGACCAAGAGAAUCCGAGAGGUGCUUAAGAAGAAGAAGGUUAGCUCGGUCGUGUACUUCCCUCUCAGGUUUGUGACGAAAUACCUCUCUGACACUGAUCUCCUGAGGCUCAAAGAUGUACUGAUGAAGCUGAACAAGAUCAUCAGUCAUAUCGGUGGACCUGAUUUCCAUAGCAUGGUGGCUUUAGCUGACAAGGAGGGGGUGACAAUAAGAACCCCCCUGCCAUUGCCACCGACACAACCGGUGGUCAUCGGUCGGGACAAAGAGAAACAACAGCUGCAAAACAUGAUAUUCCCAUCUGUGCAACAGCCUCAAGAUUGUGUGCAAUCCAGCAAACAGUUUUCUGUCAUUGCUGUUAUAGGACCAGCUGGUGUGGGAAAAACCACUCUUGCUCAGGUAAUCUACAACAAUCCAAAUGCCAAAGAAGAUUUUGCGUUAAGGGGGUGGGUGAUGGCUUCCCGUCGUAAUCGCAAUAAACAGGACAUUGCCAAAGAUAUUGUUGAUUCUUUUGGGAUGGAGCAACAAGAUAGUCUACAAACAGGUCCUUCAGAGAGCGCUCUAUCCAGUACCAUAGAGAACAAGAGGUUCUUCCUUGUUCUUGAUGAUGUACAGGAUAAUCUGCGUGAACUUUGGGGUUCCCUAAGUUCAACACUGAAAGGGGCAGCAAACGGGAGUGUUGUGUUGUUAACAACACAGUCAAAAGAGGAUGCAUAUAUUUUCAGAACAACUGCUCAGGUUUCACUGGAUCAUCUAUCAUUCCAAAUCAUGUGCAGAGUUUUUGAGCAUCAUGCAUUUGGAAAGCAGAAAAAAGCAUCCCUUGAAUCAAUUGGCAAGAAAAUAGUGCAAAAUUUGCAUGGUUUACCUUUACUAGCAGAAGCAAUUGGAAGGCUGCUAAGACAAAAGUUAGAUGAGGGUCAUUGGCAAAAUAUUUCUGAAAAUCCUUGGUGGCUCUUUUCUGAAGAUGAUGAUAGUGAAAAUGUUGCUCUACCUUCAGUAGCAAUCUUGUGCGAAUAUCUAACUGAUCAUCUUAGAAAGUGUUUGGGUUACUGUUCGAUAUUCCCAUCUGGUUAUUUGUUUGAAAAGAACAUGUUGGUUCACAUGUGGAUAGCUAGUUUCAUGCAGCAACAUGAUGGAAUUUGCGUGGAGGACAUGGAAAAGGAAUGGUUUGAUAAGCUUUUCAACCACUCAUUCUUCCAGCCCACUAUAUGGAAAAACAAGUACAUCAUACCUGGCAUGAUCAAAGAGCCAUUACAAGUCAUUGCUGGAAAAGAAUGCCAUGCGGCUACAGAUUCUGGAGAACCCAAAAGAAGGCUCCAACUUCAUCGUCACCUGGCCAUCGAUAUUUCUGAUUUUCAUGAGCACUUGGAUUUAGGGGAGGCCAAUAAGGUGCGGACAGUUUUAUUUUUUAAUGGGCGCAGAACAGUUAGAUCACAUGAAGCUUUUGGUAAUAUUUUGGCUCAUCCUGGUAGCCUACGGGUACUAGACUUCUCUUACUCUGAAGCGAAGUUAAGAAAGUUUCCUGAUUUCUUAAGUAAAUUCCCUCACCUACGGUUCCUGGAUCUCUCCUUCAAUGGGAUAACAGUAAUACCAGACUCCCUCUGUAAGCUGCACCUUCUUCAAGUUCUCGGGCUACGAGGAUGUCAUUUCAAAGAGUUACCUAGAGAUAUGAAUAAGUUAAGUAACCUCCGUUUCUUAUAUGCAGCAGCUCAGACAGUUUCUCUAGUAUACAAGAUAGGGAAGCUGACAAAUCUCCAAGGGUUAGAGGAGUUUCCUGUUGGCAAAACAGAAGGUCACAAAAUAACAGAACUGAAGAACUUGAAUGAAAUUAGCAGGAAACUUUGUAUCAGUAAUCUCGAGGAAGUAACCCACAUAGAUAAGCGUGAUGCUGUACUAUCCAAAAAAGUGUACUUAAAGAAGUUGGUGUUGAAAUGGGGCUUGGCAACAGGCACAUCAACAAUUGCAUCUUAUGGUUGCAUGGAAACACUUAACAGCCUAGAACCAAAUGCAAAUCUUGAAGAGCUCAAGAUUCAAUGUUACAUGGGAGUAGGACUUCCAGCAUGGAUGGCAGAUAAGGAGCGUUUCACCAAACUGAAGCACAUUCAUCUUGUUGAAUGUAAACAGUUAAGAACGCUUCCACCUCUUGGCCAACUACCUUCCCUUCUGAUUUUAGUGCUACAAGGUCUAUCGGUAGUUGAAAAAAUUGGAAGUGAAUUUUAUGGAAAAAGUUACAGGGUAUUUCCAUCACUUGAGGAGCUCAAGUUCCUUGAUAUGCCAAAUUGGAGGGAGUGGUCAGAUAUAGAAGAAAUACAAGAUUCGUGGAACCUUCACUUUCCACAUCUUAGAAAGGUCCAAAUCAGGAAUUGCAAAGUUUUGAGUGGCAUGCCAUUAUGUUGCUUACAAGCAUCACUUGAGGAACUUGAUAUUUCAGGAUGUGAUGAAAUGCUUGCAUGUAGACCAAGCUGUUCAGAGGAGUUAAAAUGUUUCUCGUGUUUAAAAGUCCAUUGUUUGGGCAGAAUUUAUCUUCCAUGUGAUUGUUUAGGAUCACUUGAGGUUUUGAAUCUUCAAAGUUGCAAGGUAUACUUCCAGGGAGGUCGAGGGCAGAUCAUCAAACUGAGGAGGAUUUUAACCAGUGAUUGUACUGAGCUAAAAGCAGAAGGCAAAGAACAGUUGGUUCUAGAAGUGUCAAUUUCCAAAGAGAGUAUAUGCAGUGGCUGAGGUUGGAUCAAAAGAUGAGGUGUGACACAGUUGGGUUGUUGGAGCUCCAUGCCUUGAUUAAUGGUGUAUGUGCUGAUGAAGCCAGGAUGGGGAAGGGCAUGGAAAAUUCAAGGUAUGGCAGUCGCCUGACCUGGCCAUACCACGCAAUCUACCACUUUGUAUAUGGCCUUCCUUCGAUCAGUUUCUGCUGUCAAGGAUGAUUUAAUUUCUGGGACGUCAAGUUUCCCAGGCAUAGUUGCACACCACGAUCAAUUAAACUUUUGCAUCCUCACAUUUGGAGGUGCUAACUGUUUGGAGUUUUUUAGCUGCAUUUUUACAAUUUUAUUACAUAAUAACAUGUCAUGUUUUAGUUAGCACAGCGACCAUGUUGUUGAGUCUAGUAUCUGCUAUUUUCAAUUCUUGUAUAUUGAAUUGAAAUCGAGAAGUACAACAAACAAGUACAGUUUUGAGAA